AAUUUAGUCGGUUAUGAAUAUACAGGUUGUUCCAAAAUGAUUCAUCCGAUUACGAACUGAUAUAGUUCGGCAACGGUUAAUCGCAGGUUAAUGACCAAUGUAUUAAUGGAAAGAUUAGAUAACUAAGUUUAUAUAUUUAAGUUAUCUAGUUGUUAAAUUUGGCACCGCAAUCGUCAGUGACGUAACUUAAUUAGUUGUUAUCGAAAUGUUGACCGAGCAACAAAAGACGUUUUGUGUGCUCCGCUUUGAAAAGUGCGAGUCUGUUAUUACCGUGCAGCGUGAUUUUCGUCGAAAGUUUAACAUUGAACCUCCAACAGCCCAGAGUAUUCGAAGAUGGCAUAAAAUUUUCCAAGAAACUGGUUGCUUAUGUAAAGGGAAGUCAUCAGGUAGACCAAGAACUUCGGAUGAAAAUGUUGAACAAAUUCGAGAAAGUUUUGUAAGAAGUCCACAGAAAUCAGUUCGUCAAGCAUCCAGAGAACUUGCAAUACCACUGACAACAGUUUGGCGUGUGUUGCGGAGACGCCUGAGACUUAAACCAUACAGAAUUCAAUUGUUGCAGGCUCUCCAUGACGGUGAUAUGCAAAAGAGAAUUGAGUUUUGUACAUUUGUUCUUGAGAAGAGUGAAGAGGUAGAACAGUUUUUCUAUCGUAUCAUUUUCAAUGAUGAGGCCACUUUUCAUUUGAAUGGGAAGGUAAAUCGUCACAAUGUGUGAAUUUGGGGAUUAGAGAAUCCACGGAAAGAAAAUGUACGAACAAUUUUUCUUUGAUGGGAACACAAUAACAGGAACUUCAUACCUACAAAUGAUUAAGGAUUGGCUAUUCCCACUACUACAAGCCGAUGGAGAUGAUUUCAUUUUACAACAAGAUGGAGCACCACCACAUUGGUCCUUAGAAGUACGCAAAUUUCUUAACGAUCAGCUACCACAGAAAUGGAUCGGUCGCUGUAGUGCUAAUGACGCUACAUUUUGUCCAUGGCCGCCCCGUUCGCCGGAUCUUACAAUCUGUGAUUUUUUUCUCUGGGGUUACAUAAAAAGCAUUGUUUAUGUACCUCCCCUUCAAAAAAAUCUUGACGAAUUGAAAAGUCACAUUACAGACGCCAUCAACUUGGUUACAGUCGACAUGCUUCAACAGGUUUAUGAGGAAUUUGAAUAUCGCUUAGAUGUGUGUCGUGCAAGUAAAGGGGGUCACAUUGAACAUUAUAAGCAUUGUACCUAAAACUUAAAAUAAUCCAUUAAAAUGUAAAAUUAAUUCUUACAUGAUUAAUCAAAUUUUACAAUAAAUAUGAUUUUUUUAAAUAGGAUGAAUCAUUUUGGAACACCCUGUAUAAUGAACCUA